CGACUGCGGAGUUGCGCUGCUCUUAUAUGUGCGUGUAAGGUCGUCUAUUCAAUAAGGUCUAACCGACAUCAACCCAAUUAGCUUGCGUAUCUCUCGUGGUCACAAAACUCGCCCCCGAUACCCCUUUUGUCGCCGCGAUGGCGGAAGACACAGCCUUUGAUGACCUUUUUAACUACGAUGCCGGGAUCGAAGAGCUAUUGCGCGAUCCAGAAGAAGAGAAAAAUGACAGGAGGGCUUCUGGAACGGGAACGGGGAGUACGGAGAAUAAGAACGAUGACCUAAUUGGCCUCGAAGAAAUUAAAAUCACCAGGAAAAGAGCACCACCCGUGAAGCUCGAUGAAAACCGACUACUUUCCCAGGCGGGAAUCCCUAAGCUACGAAGAUCUGCAAAAACGAAGCUAAAGUUUAAGGGAAAGCGUCACGAGUUUUCGGAUGUUGCACGUCUUCUGAACUUCUACCAGCUUUGGCUAGACGACCUAUACCCGCGCGCGAAGUUCGCGGACGGCCUGUCAAUCAUUGAAAAGCUGGGCCACACAAAACGCAUGCAGGUCAUGCGGAAAGAGUGGAUUGAUGAAGGCAAGCCCGGCCGAAAUUUAUACGACAGUAAUGUCACCUACCUCGACCCCAAUAGCGAUAAUAGAGGCGACAAAGACACGGCAGAUCCAACAAUUCCUUCCAUCUUUCAACGAACACUGGAGCAGAGCGCUCCAGCUAUGGAAGCUCAUCGGAACGAUCAAGCAGAGAGCACUCAUAGCCCUAAGCGUCUUUCCGACUCAGAAAUACCCAUCUUUGGUGGUGGCAAGGCAAUCUCAUUAAGGAACAAUGCCGACGACGAUGAUGAUCUUUUCGUCCCUGGAAAUGAAGGCAUGGACAUCGAUCCUCCAGUCCAAGCCUCACAAGUACCCGAAGAAGAUGACCUCGACACAUUUCUUGCAGAGCAAGAAAGCACAAUGCAAAAUACGGCCCAUGGGUUAGGAAUACUAAAGCCAAACGCCCCCCCAGCGGACGAAGAGGACGACUUAGACGCCCUUCUCGCCGAGGCAGAAAAUACACCUGCGCGUGCACCGAAAACUGGUCACCUAGAAGCGAAUCGCCCAGCUGCGGAUGAUUUCGACGAUGAAUUACAUAUUUUGAAUGAAUUCGGAUUGUAAGAGAGCUGGGAUACUCUUAUUCAAUUAAAUGUAACUCCUAAUCCCAACGAAACACAAAAUACGAAAUAUAUCAAUCAGAAUCAAAUCCAUUUUUGCAGCAUGUAGACGCCCAAUAGAAAGCAGGAAAUUUCUAAAGUCGCCAAUUUAAAGUAGAAAAUCAAAUCAGAUUCUAGAGCACACUAACGACAAGGGAACAAAGCACCGCAACCAUCAAGAAAAAAAUAGCAACGCAGCGCAAACGCAAGAAAGAAAUUCAAAGAGCUUGCAGUGAGAAGGCCUCUGGAAUCACAAGAAAAAGAAAGAGGAUUAAAAAAUCUUUGAAAUAACAAAUCAAACCAACCAGAACAUUUUAUCUGGACUCACAGCAAAGACAACCAGCAAACACUAAAGCAGCAAAAGGAGAUAUACGUUAAAGAGACAACUCAACCAGAUAAAAUAAACCAUUCAAAUAACAUGCAGCACGAACAAUCAACAGAUGUCAAAACAAGUCCCGAAGAAACAAGGGAAGAGAUAUCCGAAAAAGGAAGGAAAAAAAUGAAGGCAAAGAAACCCAUCAAACCUUUAAGAGUCGAGAAAUCUAGUUCGCUCCCUGAACGUUUCCAUUCGGAGCAUCAGCGUUUGCAGCAACGCCAUUGAUGGUAACUGCAGGUCCAGCAAGAACAGAAUAUUGUCCACCGGCACCAGCCCAGUUCAACAUCUUGCCUCUCACAGCCGUAUUAUCAACGACAGUAGCAACCUCGAUAUCGUCAUCAGUGCCCUGGCCGGUCUGGUAAUUUGCAGAAAAGCCCCAAGUCCAGGCACGUCCAUCUUUCGCAAUAGCAAUUGAAUGAUCCGCACCUGCAGCAACAAAUUUGGCAUCGAUGCCAGGAACAGCGGUGGGGACAGAGAGAAUACGGGCACGAUCUCUAUCAUCCUUAAUAACUGCAUCAUCAGGAAGACUUUUGAUAUCCAAGCCGGUCUGGAAGCCGUCGACGCGACCCCACACAAGACACUCUCCAUCUUUGGUAACAGCAAGAGAAUGAUGGGAACCACCGCAAAGUUGGAUAACAUUUUUAUCCUUCAAAGACUUCACAACCUCCGGGUGCAAAAUGACUGCUUCGUCGGAU